AUGGUCUUUCCCCCGCUGUGUGGCGAGAUUCGGCACCGAACACCACGUCGGUUUGUGAAGUAUUUCCUCUGCAGGUAUCUCCUCCAGCGCAGCCCUGCCCAGGCGGGACAAGCUUUAAGUGUCAGGGUAUGUGUAACAAGAGGCGGUAAGACAAGGAAAGGUAACUCGUGGUUCGCGCUCCGUUGGUUAGAUAGAGAGCCGAGCGCCGACCAUUUAGUCGUCCCGCCACCCGCAGCGCGUCGAUCGCUGGGGCACAUCGAAGGAAGCGAACAACCGCCGGGCGCCUCCAGUUUGGGCCGAAUGAAUCAGAAUAGCGCGAUUGCGAGGAAACUUGAGACUUCGUGGCGAGCGUGGUGA